CAGUCUAACGGCGACCAUGUUUGCCCCGGGCGUCGACGACUUGGUGAAGGACUUCAAGGUUACAGACGAAACCGUGGCCAGCCUGGCAGUCUCCAUCUACGUCCUUGGGUUUGCCAUCGGCCCGCUUCUCUUCGCACCGUUGUCCGAGCGUUACGGCCGGCUGCCCGUGUAUGCAAGCUCAGGGGCAUCUUCAUCGCCUUCCUGAUCGGGAGUACAUUUGCAACCGACAUGGGCAUGUUUAUCGCGUUCCGUUUCCUGAGCGGCGCCGGCAGCUCAGCGUGCUUGGCACUCUCCGGGGGCAUGUUGGCCGACGUGAUCCCGAGAGAGGAUCGCGCAAAAUGGAUGAGUCUGUUCGUGUUGGGGCCCCUUCUGGGGCCUGUCAUCGGCCCAAUCGCCGGAGGGUUUGCAGCUGAGAAUCUUGGCUGGCGCUGGGCAUUUAGAAUCAUCCUGAUCUUGUGUGCAGCUGUUGGAGCCCUGUGCGUCGAUUUCCUUCGAGAGACAUACGCACCGGUUAUACUACGUCGCCGAGCAGCCCGUCGAAGGAAGGAACAGGGACAGCCGGCCAAGGUGGAAUCACUCCCGAUGAAGGAGGUGGCCGCUCGAAUGGCCAGCACGAUCACGCGGCCCCUGCGGUUAUUGGUUUUCUCUCCCAUCGUGCUCUUUCUGUCGCUCUCUGCUGCGUUCGCCUUCGAACUCUUGCUCCUCCUAUUCACUGGCUUUGCGAUCGUCUUUAAGGGCCAAUACGGCUGGUCGACAGGCAUAUCAGGACUGGCGUAUGUCGAGCUUGGCAAUUGGCAUUGGCAUGCUCGCCUCCGUGGUCAUCCAGGCUCGAUUCAGGGGCGUCAUAAUGGAAGCACAGAAGAAGAAAAACGGCAGAAGCAGACCAGAAGACCGACUUCUGAUUACAGCGUACGCCGCGCCAAUUCUGCCAGCCGGUAUGUUUUGGUACGGUUGGUGCGUGAACAAGCUUUGGAAAUCCCGCUCACGCCUCUGCCCUCCAGCCAAAGUGGAUGGGACGACGGACUCCACUUCGCGAUGGAGCUCCGAGACUGGACCGUGAAGCACGCAGAAUUGGUGGCCAAACCCAACGCAGCCAGUGAUCAGUAUGUGAGGGUCUACGUCGAUGGUGCUACGUCGAAGCUCCCGCGGGCCGUUACCGUGUUGGCGCGAAAGAUGCUGGGUUCCGAGUGGGACGAAGCUAUGCGAAAUAGUCUCAAGUAUGUAUCCGCGAGCGAUUCCGUUGCUGCUAUUUGCUACUCUUAAUCUUGCGCGUCACGCCCUAGCAAUGCAUACAGUCUCGAAUCGCCAGGUUUCCUCCUUUCAAGCGUUAUGCUCGUCUGGAGAGAACCACGGAAGAGCUUCUGCGGUACUUGUGCUUCCUCGG